AAUUAUCAACAGCAUUAAAGAUAAUGCAAAAGCGAGAAAAAUAGCUGCUAAAAAACUUGCCUCUUUGAAAAAAAUGCGCUUAAACAAAUAUGCAACAACAUUUCUAGGAAUAAGCCAGUCGUACAUGAGCAAACUCUCAAGACACUCGCAGGAAGAUAGCCCCAAAAGAAAAACAAGAAAAGACAAAACCUCAGCUGAGACUACAGGAACCAUAGUUAACUUCUUUAGACAAGGAGAUAUUUCAACAAACCUACCAGAUUCAAAAAGAAUUAAAUCCAAUCUUGAGGAAAGAAGGGUGCUCAACAAGACUUUGAAAGAAACCUAUAGAGAAUAUAGAGAAAGUAACUUAGAUGUGGUAGGUUUUUCCACAUUUGCCCGGUUGAAACCCUGCAAUGUAGAGACCACUUGUAAGAGAAAAUGGAAUCCAUGUUUGUGCGAGAUGUGUACUAAUGUUGACCUGAAAAUCUAUGCCUUAUCACAGCUGGCAGCAAAAUUUAAAAGUAAUGUAAAAAUUGACAGCAAAUAUGAAGCAGUAGAAAAGACCCUGUGUGAAAGGGGCAAUGAGAAGUGGCACAAAAAAAUUGCAUCCAGAGGGAAUGUGUUGCUUGUGGUACUGAUGGUGUUGUAUCUUUCUUUACUCCACUCAUGCGAGAAACAUCAAACCAAAAAAUUAAAUACAUUAAGUGGGAACGAAUGACCAAAGAAAAGAAUGGAAAACAAGUAACACAGAUCAUGCCAAAAACUUACGAAAAAAGUGCCACUGAGGUUGUUUUGGAUCUUGCUAAAGAGCUGGACAAACUAGCAGCCCAUUUAUUUGUUGCUGCUUGGCAACAAAAUCAGUUCUCGCAUCUUCUAAAGAGUGUGCCUUCCCACUGGGUCAUUCUUAACAUGGACUUCUCCGAGAAUUAUUCAUGUGUGAACCAAAACGAGGUCCAGAGUGCCCACUGGGGCCAUAACAAUAUAACGAUACACCCAGCUGUAUCUUAUUACAGAUGUCCAAAUGAAAACUGUAACGACACAAUACAGGAGUCUCUGAUAUUUGUGUCAGACGAUCUAGUACAUGAUGCGCAUGCAGUAGCAACAUUUGUUGCUAAAGCAAAUGAACAUUUGCAGAACAAAAGAGGAUUGAUAAUUGAAAAACAAAUUCAGUUUACUGAUGGAUGUUCUGCGCAGUAUAAAUCCAAAACUCCCUUUACAGAUAUUUCAUACAGCAAAGAGGACUAUGGGUUUGUGGUUGAAAGACACUUCUACGGUUCACGCCAUGGGAAAGGGCCCUCGGAUGGUGCCGGAGCAGUUGUAAAGUCAGGAGCAAGAAGAGCAGUAAUGGGCAUGAAUGUUGUUAUUAACAAUGCAGAGGAUCUUUAUAACUUUGGGAAGGAAAAGCUUGAAAGCACAGAAGAGAAAACUGACCAUUUACAUCACAAAAGGACUUUCUUCCUCAUUGAAAAUAUCGACAGAAACCGCCCAGACAGAAGCAAAACAAAGACUGUUCCUGGAACUCGAAAAUUGCAAUGUAUUAAGUCGACAGAAGAAAAGUAUUCUCUCCUGACAAGAAACCUGUCUUGUUUUUGUCAAGUAUGUGUAGAUAACACAGCAGAUGAAAUUCAGUGUGAAAAUUCUGAACUUGUGGAUCAGUGGACUUCUCAGGAAUUACACCAUACUGCUGUGGGAAAUGAUGUUCGUCAAACCAGAGGGAGGGGUAGAAAUGCAGGAACAAGAGGAGCAAGGGCUAGAAGGGGUGAUAGAGGUUUAAGAAAUAGAGGAGGAGGAAGGACAAGAGAGGAAGAUAGAGAUCUAAGAAUUGGAGAAGGAGGAAGAGGAGUAAGGACUAGAGGAGAAGAAAGAGGAGCAAGGACAAGAGGGGAAGGUAGAGAUAUAAGAAUUGGAGAAGGAGGAAGAGGAGUAAGGACUAGAGGAGAAGAAAGAGGAGCAAGGACAAGAGGGGAAGAUAGAGAUCUAAGAAUUGGAGAAGGAGGAAGAGGAGUAAGGACUAGAGGAGCAAGGACAAGAGGGGAAGAUAGAGAUCUAAGAAUUGGAGAAGGAGGAAGAGGAGUAAGGACUAGAGGAGAAGAAAGAGGAGCAGGGACAAGAGGGGAAGGAAGAGAUGUAAGAAUUGGAGAAGGAAGAGGAAUAAGGACUAGAGGAGGAAGAGGAGUAAGGACUAGAGGAGUAGAGAGAGGAGUAAGGACUAGAGGAGGAAAAAGUAGAGGAGUGAGAACUAGAUCAGAGACAAGAUACAGUUCAGAAAGUGAAGAGUCCUUUGUAGAAGAUUCUGAGGUUUCCGAUCAUUAUUCCAUGCAGUCAAGUCCUUUCAGCGAAAGUGCGUCUGUGCAACAAGACAGUGAUGAGAGUGAUGAUAUUUUACCGAACAUCUCGGGACUCUCUGCCAUAAUUGCUUCUCUUGACAAGGAUGAUGGCUCUUUAUCCCCUGUCUUCUUCCAUGAAAUUGUGGUAGAGGAACCUGUCCUCCCUUUCAUAGAGGAACCUGUCCUCUUUUUGAAAAACUAA